ACAAUUAGUUUUUUGUUGUGUUGAUGAUUGUACAAGGCCUACUAAACUUACAAUAACAAUAAUUAGUUUAAUUUAAAAAAAUGCUUUUAAUAUAAUUUAAUUUAGUAAUUUUCUGUAACUAUUUUAUGGUGUAAAAUGGCAUCGGUUAAGGUAGCAGUCAGAGUUAGGCCCUUUAACCAAAGGGAAAUUGAUAUGGAUGCCCAGUUGAUAAUCCAGAUGAAAGGAAAAACAACUGGAAUUUUGAAUUGUAAAGCAAAUACUCGAGAUGAAAGUAUCAGAUACAAGGAAUUCACUUUCGAUUACUCUUAUUGGUCCUUUGAUAGAAAUUCGAACAAUUACGCCUCUCAAGAUCUAGUUUACGAUGAUUUAGGCAAGGAAGUUAUCGAUUGCGCUUUCGAGGGUUACAAUGCUUGCGUGUUCGCUUACGGACAAACCGGCAGUGGGAAAACAUUCACCAUGAUGGGAUCACCAGAAAACGAGGGGCUGAUUCCCCGCAUUUGCAAAGCCCUCUUCGAUAAAAUGGCGGAGAAUUCCAAACUAGGAACCACACACAGAGUCCAAGUGAGCUACUUGGAAAUUUACCAGGAAAGGGUCGUCGAUUUGCUUAAAGGCAGAACCAAAUACUCUCUAAAAGUAAGAGAACACCCCACCAAGGGACCAUACGUUCAGGGAUUAACCACUUGCCUCGUAACCAAUUACAAUCGCAUACAGGAAUGCAUGGAAAGGGGCAACGCUCAUCGAACUACGGCCUCGACCAACAUGAACGACGUCAGCAGCAGAAGCCACGCGAUAUUUACCAUAACGUUCGUUCAAGCGGGCUAUUGCAACGGAGUUCCUAGUGAAACAGUAUCGAAAAUUCAUCUAGUGGACUUGGCGGGGAGCGAAAGGGCUGACGCUACGGGAGCCUCCGGGCAACGACUGAAAGAGGGCGCUCACAUCAAUAAAUCGUUGGUUACAUUGGGCUCUGUGAUAUCCGCUUUGGCGGAACUGUCUUUGGACGAAAACGGCCAAAAGAGAUCUAUUUUUAUACCGUACAGGGAUUCCGUCCUAACGUGGUUGCUUAAAGACAGUCUUGGCGGUAACUCGAAGACCAUUAUGAUAGCUGCGAUUAGUCCUGCAGAUUGUAAUUACGGAGAAACGUUAAGUACUCUGAGAUAUGCAAACAGGGCGAAGAAUAUCAUAAACAAACCAACAGUUAACGAAGAUCCGAAUGUUAAAUUAAUUAGAGAAUUACGGGAAGAAAUCACUAAGCUCAGGGCGUUGAUGUUUUGCGAACAAAGAAGCGACAUGUUGGAGCAAUUGUACGAAAAAGAAGCUUUAGAAAAGGAGCUCACGGAAGAGUGGACUGGAAAAUGGAGGGAAGUCCAAGCGAUACUCAGAGAACAGAAGGCGUUGGGUUUGCGAAAAUCCGGUCCUGGUGUUAUCCUGGAUUCGGAUCGACCCCAUUUGAUCGCCAUCGAAGACGAUCCUUUAACCACCGGAGUUACUUUGUACCAUCUAAAGGAGGGAAAAACCACCAUCGGUACGGCCGAAUCCAAGGUGAAACAGGACAUAGAACUGAAAGGAGCCGGCAUGAAACCCCAUCACUGUACAAUCACCUGCGAAAAUGGCGUCGCCACUCUCAUUCCACAUCCCGGGGCGCAAGUCAUGUUAAAUAACAUCAGUAUCGAAUCGGAAGCGAGACUUUCGCAAGGUUGCAUCAUAUUUUUGGGCAAAGUUCACGCUUUUAGAUUCAACGAUCCCGUCGAGGCGGCGGAACUUCGAAAAGGUGAAAAAUCCUGCAAUCUAUCGAGAGUCAGUCGCUUGAGCUGGUCCACGCCCGAUUUGGCCGUUUCUAUGGAGAAUUUACAAAUCAGCAGCAAUGACGAGGACAAGGUCCAGGUGAAAGAGGCCAUAGAAAACCAGCGGCUCGACUUGAAAAAGGAGAAGGAGCAAUUCGAGAAGAAACAGGAGGCUUUCGAGAAGCAACAGGUGAUGUUCGAAGAGAAGAAACGCUCUUUGUUGGAGGCCCAGGCAAAACUGGAGGCCGAAAGGAAGAAGGUGCAGGAAGAAUUCGCGCAACAGACCCGCCAAUUGCAAGAAGAUUGGCGCAAUCUGUCCGCUCAUCAGAGGCUGAAGGAAAUCGAACUGGAGAGAAAAGAGGGGGAAUUGAUGUUGAGAAAGGAAAAAUUGGAGAGAGAAAGGAAGACUGUCAUGUCGGAAAUAGAAAAUGAAUGUUCAAACCUAGAGGACCUUAAGAGAAAUAUUUUUGUAAAACUAGCGAAUGCUUGCAGUUUAGUUACAUCCAAUGUUAAUGAAAUUUUGUUUCCCAGUGCGAAAGCUAAAUCAGUUUUCCAGGAAUUGUGUAGUAAAUCCAGCAAAGGUACAUUAACCGAAGACGAAAACGACACGUUAGUAGAUAUUCUCAACAACCUCUCAGGAUCUUCCAUCAUAAAAGAUAUAGUCGAUAAGCACAGGAAAGAACUGGCCGAAUUACAAGCCGAACUCAACAGGCGAGUCCAAAUCUUAUGCGAACGCCAGAAGAGCAUAGAACUGUUGGAUAAAAAAAUCAUAGGUCUCGUCGACGAGCAAAAAUCCAUCAACGAUACCAACGACGAUCUGGAAAACGUGAAACAGGAACUCUGCAACAGAACCGAAGAGGACCUCAAGAGAAUCGAAAUCAAAAAGCAAGAGCUAACGUUGAAUUUGAAACGGGUAAACUCGGCGGAGAGUCCCGAUUCCUGCGAGGUGAACUACUCGAGCAGCGGCGAACGGUUGCAGGAGACGCUCAGCAGUGAUACCACCUACCACACGGCGCCCAACACCUGCUCCCCGCGCCUAGCCGACACCAAAUUAGAUCGCUUGAUGAGCGACAGCGGCGUGGAGUUGCGCACCUCCUCCCGCCCGCAGGACGAGAGCGAUCUGUCCAGUAACGAGGAGAAGGUGCUGGUUAGCGAUUCGCAAUCGAGCAGUUCGAUUGAAAAUCGAUCGCCGUCGAGCAGGAAAAUUCGGCGCCGCGACGCGGAAAUACACUUGCGCAGACUGUCCCAACGGAUAGCCCAGCAAAAGCAAAUCGUCUGUAGGAUAUUGGACGGGCACCGCUUGAACGCCGAUUUCGAUAGUCAAGUGGCAGUACUGAAAGAAUUGCAACAUCAAUACAUUUCGCUUAAAUACGGAUCUACCACGUCCUUGGUUCCUGCUUCAGAUCAUCCUUUGCAGGACGCCGACAGUCCGAGUCCUGUAAGACCCCUAUUUGCGGGCUCCACUUCGGUUAUUUACCCUUCAAUACUGCAGAACCAAAUUCAACGAUUGCCGGCUUUGAAUCAAUACAUGUGCAGAUCGAUGCCCAGCAUUAAUAUAGAAACCGAUCUGGACGCCAUAGCGUCAAUAACGAGCUACUGCGUUCGGGGAACGGGCACGAAAACCCACUACGAGUACGAAAUACGAAUAAACACAGCGGACGAUCGUUGGUGCAUCCUGCGACGGUACAGUCGCUUCAGGGACCUGCACAUAGCGAUGAAGGCCCGUUACGGGGAGAAGGUGUCGUCGAUUCCGUUCCCUUCGAGAAUCAUAUUCUCCAACAACGAAACCGUGGCGCAGACGAGGAAGCGCCAAUUGGAAUUCUACUUGAGGAGGUUGAUCGACACGUGCAAGAGCCACCCGGCGUGCCCUUUGGCGUACGGCGGGCCCGUUACCAAAGUUGCCUUGAUCAAUUUCUCGCCGUUCUUCCGCAAGGGGGUGUUCGAGAACGGGAAGUACACCACCUCGUGAUGGAACGCCCGAUGAUAUUUGUUAGUUUUAAUGGUAUUCGUGAGAUGGGUCGGCGAAGACGAGAGAAAAUUUACUUAUUGAAUUAGUAUAAGGAUUACCGGGAGCGUGGCUCUGCUUAAUAUUUUUAUAUAGUUGUUUUAUUGAUUAAUUGUCGAAUAGUGUUGUCGUGUUGUUUUAAAAAGGAAUGUGUUCCCGAUAAAUUUAAUUGGAUGUUGUAAAAUUGGAAAAUACUUUGGGAAUUGUUUCUAAUAGAUACAAAAAGUUUUAUCGAAGUUACAUAUCUCGUAUAAAGCAUCGAAUAUUAAUGAUUUUACUGCGCUCGAGUUUUUUGGAGAUUUAAAAAAAUAUAUUUCGCAUUCCUUUAAAUAACGGUUUAUUUAUCGCAUUACUCAGGCUUUACCGUUUUUUUAAUUUAUUUUGUCGUUACUUUUAGCGCAAUUUUUGAAGAUCGAUCAAUAUUUAUUGUAUCAAUUAGUUUUUUGCUUAUUUAUUAGUCGAUAAGUAUAAAGUAUUUGUGAUAAACAAGUUUGAAAAAAAAUGUGUGUUGUGAUAUCAAUUGAAAUUUCUCAAUCUGUUAGAUUGUCACACUCUAAUUACUUCAUUGAAUGAUUUCAGUACCUGAUUAUACAAGAAAAAAAGAUUAUAAUUUGUGAGUUUUAUACGUAUUUAGAUUUUGAACGACUAGUUAAUGCAAAAGAAAUCUUCCUGUAUGAUUGAUUAAAUUUAACUUAAAUUUUUCAACCCAGUAAUAUUUUAAUGCGAUAAUUAACUAGUUUUUCAAAAGAAUCCAAGUACUUCAAUUAUUGCGAUUAUGACGAGUAGCGUAACUAUUAAGAAAUAGCACUAAUGAGUUCUUCGUCGAAUGGGGAGCAAUUCGUUCCUAGAACGGUGACGGUAUAUCAAAUAUAAACAUUAUUUCUCCAUAGUUGAUGCUACUAAUAUUUAUUAUUAAACGUGCAAUAUUCUAAAACGUUAAUUUUAAGUCAAUUUCGUUGACGAAAGGUAUUGGGUACCUAAAAAAUUGUUAAUGCCUC